AUGGGGUCUUCCAUUCGCGUUGCCAUUAUUCAAUGGCAUAUCAAGGAAUUAGCCAUCGAGCAGAACCACGCAACAGCGUGCAACUACAUCCGCCAAGCCGCCGCGGAUGGCGCACAGCUCGCAGUACUACCAGAAUAUCACCUCAGUGGCUGGGUUCCAGAUGAUCCACGCUGGAUCGAUCAAGCCGGCGAAUCGGCCAAGUACCUCGAAAACUAUCGAGCUUUGGCCCGGGAGUUGAAGAUGUGCCUUGUGCCGGGAACCAUUAUUGAAAAGCAUUCAGGCUCCCAGGGGGACGGAGACCCGCUGCUAUACAAUGUCGCUUAUUUCAUCUCCCACGAUGGUACUGUCCUGGGCUCCUAUCGCAAGAAGAAUAUUUGGCAUCCUGAACGACCCCAUCUUACUUCGUCCGGCCAAGAGCGCCAUGAGGCGAUCGAUACGCCCCUCGGACGAAUCGGCAUGCUGGUCUGUUGGGAUUUGGCCUUCCCCGAGGCCUUUCGUGAAUUGAUCGCCGAUGGGGCAGAGAUUAUAAUCAUACCCACCUUCUGGACCCCUCACGACGCACCAGCCGAAGCUCGCCGCUACAAUCCCGACUCGGAAUCUCUCUUCCUCAACUCCACCCUCACAUCACGCUGUUUCGAAAACACCUGCGGCAUCAUCUUUGUCAAUGCAGCAGGCCCCCAGGAAGACUUCCUCGGCAUGUCACAGGUGACCCUCCCCGUUGUGGGACCCAUCUCGAAAAUGGGCACCGAGGAGGGUCUGCGCGUGGUCGACAUGAAUCUUGACCUGUUGGGACUGGCGGAGAAGGCCUAUAAAGUGAGAUAUGAUAUUGGAAGGGAGGAUUGGCACUACAAGUAUAGACACUCUUUUUCCAAGUGA